UCUGAAUUUGAUCUCAUUAUGGCCUAAUUGUUGUUUUAAAAAGUCCUCUCUUCACUGACAAGUAUGUCCGGUGGAAAAUAUUAAAUCCCCUGUAAUCUAUUUUUCAGCAUAAAAAUCCCACCAUGUUAUCCCCCCCAUUCCCAGAUAUAUUAUUAAGGACAUGGUCUCAGUGUCCUCCAUAAUAGCUAGGGCUUGUGGAACAGUUACCGUAUCUAGUUAUCACUUAGUAUGGCUUAUACAUACAUUUUUUAAAAUGAUUAUGAUUGCGACCACAUGAAUUUGAAAACUCACAUUUCCAAAGACAAAGCUUACAACGUGCAUUUGAAGGCAACACCAGACUAGCGAGAGUAGACGGGUUACAGUCAUGGUAGUAGAAACAGAGGUUUACAAAUAAAUCUUUAUAAUCGUAGCAAUAUAGGAUAACUAUUAGCUAAGUGUCCACCUCGAGAGUUGUCCUGAAGCGCUGUUACACGUGUACUUCAUAUCCCAGGGUGCCACGGGUCUCUCAGUGCCGUAUCCAGGAAGUCGUCUGUGGUUGUCAAGCAAACUUUUGCUUGUAAGCAAAGUGCUCUCAGUCUAUAAAAUGUUUAGACCAUCUUUUUAGUAUGCAGUUUCAUGCAACAGGUAGCCGUGAGAGAUGAGUUGCUGCCAUGGGUCUGUGCCCCAGGAGGGUCGGCCUGGUACAGCACGGGUCCUAGUGACUGAACUGAGUGGAUCAGGCCACAUCAAUCCAAGUCCGGCCAGGAAACCCUGUGAUGACUCAGAAACAGCAGUGGAGCUUUACCUCGCUCUAGAGAAGCUGGAAUCGUUGUGUGGAACUCGGGAGCUCUCUCACGUGACCUCGCUGGACAUCUGCGUAGACACACAGGAAAACACACUGGGUAACUUUGGUGCCUACUUGCCCAAACUGGUCCAGCUCAAAAUGAACAACAGCAUGAUUUUGUCAGUAAGAGACCUGGGAACCACCCUUUCCCACCUGCAGGUGCUGUGGAUGUCUCGCUGCUCCCUACGAGACCUAGAUGGCAUUUCUACUUUCUCCUCCCUCAAGGAGUUGUAUGUGGCCUAUAACAAUGUGUCAGACCUGAGUCAGGUUGGCAUGCUAGAGAACCUGCAGCUGUUAGAUCUGGAAGGGAAUGAUGUGGAUGACCUAGUUCAGGUUCAGUAUCUGGGGUUGUGUGGCAAACUCCAGAUACUCACCCUGGAGGGAAACCCUGUGUGUGUGUGCCCAAACCCCACUGCCAUCCAGAUUGCAGACUAUAGUUAUCGGGCUGCAGUGAGGGAGUUGGUCCCUCAGCUGCGUCACCUAGACGAUUUAAGGGUGGAGGAGGAUGGGCUGAGCUGCAGCAGCACCAUGGGAGAAGACUGGGCCAUUCUCCGAAACUCCAUCAGAGACUCCUCUCAGGCAACUACUGAAGAUGAGGAAACAGCAGACAUUGCAUGUCCUUACAGCCGACCUGGCUCAGCCAGGCGCCAUGCCUCCAGCCGCACCUGUCUCUGGCCCCUCUCGUCAGCAGGCUCCAGACCCCACACUGGAUCCAGACCCAUGUCAGCAACCAGGGUUGGAGUUUUCUCCCCUCCUGGAUGCAGACAUAGUUUUGCAGAUUCAGAUCUAGCAACAGUAGAAGCAGAAACCAGCAUCCUGACGCAUGGAGCUGGCAAGAUCCUGUUCUGUGGAAACCCAGUCCAGUCUAUUCGAGCAAGGCGAGAAAAGUUGAGGACAGCACCCACCAGGUCUACUUUUACCCCCCGUGACCUGCCCAUCCAUGUACCAGAGCACACGUAUGACAUUGAGGAGCCUGAUGUUAGAGAACGCAUUGAUGUGUUUGCUGAGCUUAGAGCUUGGAGAGAGCAGCACAACAGGCGUCUCCAGGCCAUAAAGACAGAAACAUUACCACAGGUCCUGGCUAUUCAGCAUAGUGAUGAAGAAGAAGGGGAAGAUGAUGAUGAAGAAGAAGGCUUUGGUGGUAUUAUGAAUGAUAGUAGUGAUGAAGAACAUGAGGUGAAGCAUGGUGACAGCCUUGAUACUGCCUCACCAGAUUCCUCUUUCCAGUCUCUUUCCCCAGACCUGCAUCACAGAGAAGCCUUAUCCCCUGACAUGGCUCCACUGUCCCUGUCCCCAGACACCGCGCUCUCCCCUUCUCCCCCUCUCAGUGCCACAGCAGCUACUGGUAAUCGCAAGCCACCAGGAAUCCGUGUACGUAGGCUUCGACUCAGCCAGACCAGUUCAGAACAUUUACCUGAUUUCAGUAGAGUGGGGCGCUCCCGUGGCGCAGGUGCAACCGUAGGAGAUCUGACACUCCUGAGGGUUCAGCAGUUGGCCAGGACCGAUGUGCCUCUGUUGCCCCUGCCUGCCCACAUACCCCGCCCGCCUCCAACAAGUGCCCUGGGUGAAGGCCUCAUGGAUUCAUGUGCAGAGAUGGACUUAUCCAGCGUACAGUCUGGCAACAAGCAUCUUCAAACUCCUCAGAUGUCCAAACUCCUGGACAGGACAGCGAUUUCUCGUCCUCACACGGCCAGGGCAGCUCUACAGAAACAUCACCAGCACCACAGACUCCAGCCCUGCAGAGGGAACUCACACCCAGACUGAUACCACCAAUGGGCAGAUGUGUGGCAGCCUGGCUAGUGAUCAGUAUGAUUAGUGUGACUAUUCCAUACCCUUAAAAACAGAGUGGUAGCAUGGAGGCCACUGAGGGGGAUCAUUCCCCUUAUUUUCUCUGAACAUUACCUGUAUUUUGCCAUAAGGUGUUUUCUCUCUCUCUUGUUUAUUUUUUUUAAAUAAAGAUCCAGAAGAUAUUCAUUCAGUGAACUAAUAACUCAUAGUGCUUCAACAUGAGUAAUUGAGUAAUUAACAUGAGUAAUUGGAAGACUUACUAUGCUGAGAUAAUCCCUCUAAUGCUACUGAGUUGCUGGUUUUCUGAUGGCUGUUGAUGAAAAUUAAAGGGGGUGUGACUAAUACCUCACAUUUACAUUUC